GCUGAAGAGGUGACGACCUUGUUGUACACGUCUACGAUGCUGUUGCCUGAAGCUGUUCAAGGUAUGUUUGCAUAUAAGGUAGGUCCAUUACAUCGAUUCAUCUCUUCUCUUUCUUCAUCAAUACAAUUACAAUCAUGUCGAACACCAACAACAUGAAUCAAGCCAACAAUUUCUGGGACUUUGUCGCCAGCCUGCAAAACAACUCAGGCGCUUUCCCCUUCGCCGAAGGCAGAGGUCCUUCAGCCGAGUUUGAUCCCUUCGAGGGUCAGCAGUUCUGGGGCCCUUGGGCUCAGCGCGGAAGAGGACGUGGUCCUCAUGGUCAUGGUCCUCAUGGACAUGGUCGUAGGGGACCUCCUCCACCCGCUGGGGAAGGGCAUGAGUCUCAUGGACCUUCGGGCAACGAGAGCGAUGGCCCCGCACCACCUCGCGGACCAGGACCUCAUGCUCACCACCAUCACGGUCCCCGUGGCCCCCACGCCCAUCCCCAUGGUCCACCUCACCACCAUGGCAGAGGCGGACACAGAGGACCCCCUCCUCCCGAGCACGAUGGAGCCAUGCCUCCUCCACCUCCACCAUUUGACGAGCCUCUAUCUCGCUCGCCCACUCCUCCCACGCCUCCAGAGACACCCGCAGAGCCUCAUCAUCAUCCCCGCUCGCAAUCUCCUCGUCACCACAGAGGACCCUCUCCUCACCACCAUGGACCUCGCCACCACAGAGGGCCUUCUCCUCAUGGCAGACGCGGAAGAGGUUUCCACGGACGCGGUGGCCACCACAAUCACCCCCGCGGCGGCAACAAUGGCCCUGCCUUCCCCUUCGAUCUCAGCGCUCUAGCCGAAGCCUUUGCCCCCGGUCUCUUCGGCGGUCACGCAUUCGGCGAAGCUUCUGCAAACACGAGAGAACAGAACACAAACAUCAGCACCAACAACAACAGUGACGGCACAUUCACCCCUUCCGUCGAUCUGUUCAGCACACCCACAGCAUAUAUCCUCCACACUUCUCUGCCUGGUGCCAAGAAGCCAGAGAUCGAUGUCACCUACUCUGCUGCUCGCAAUAGCAUCACCAUCUCCGGCGUCGUGACCCGCCCUGACGUCUCAGAAACCAUGAUGAACUGCCUCGUCACCGAUGAGCGCAGAGAAGUCGGCAUGUUCGAGCGCGAAGUCAGACUCGAAGAGGGCGUCAAGGUGGCCGACGAAAACAUCAGCGCAAAGCUCGAGGACGGCAUCUUGAGAGUCGUUAUCCCCAAAGUCAUCCAAGAAGAAGAGGAAGGAUGGGAGAGUGUCAGAAAGGUUGAAUUGGAGUAGAGCAUAUCCUCCCAACAACGAAUUGACGAUGGAAGCAUGAGAAACUAGGAGAUAAAAUAUUGCUUUUCGCAAGCAGAAAGAGGAG